GCGGAACACGGCUCCGGGAGCAGGGGACCCGGGAGCGACGAACGGGUUGAAGGGAUCUGGAGUUGAUUUUAGAGAUGGGAGAAUUGAGUCUCGGAGUGACUGCCUCCUAGUGCCUCAGUUUCCUUAGCUGCGAAAUGAGUUAACAGUGAUGUCCCAGGGCUGCCAUGAGUUUGAAAGAUGAUGAACUGUGGAGAGGUGGUUUAUGAAGUACAAAGCGCUGUACUAAUGUGAGGGACUGCGCCAUAAUUGUGGGUAUGCCAUGGAAACAGGUAAAUUUUUCCAUAACCUUAUGGAGAGAAAGGACUUUGAGACAUGGCUUGAUAACAUUUCUGUUACAUUUCUUUCUCUGACGGACUUGCAGAAAAAUGAAACUCUGGAUCACCUGAUUAGUCUGAGUGGGGCAGUCCAGCUCAGGCAUCUCUCCAAUAACCUGGAGACUCUCCUCAAGCGGGACUUCCUCAAACUCCUUCCCCUGGAGCUCAGUUUUUAUUUGUUAAAAUGGCUCGAUCCUCAGACUUUACUCACAUGCUGCCUCGUCUCUAAACAGUGGAAUAAGGUGAUAAGUGCCUGUACAGAGGUGUGGCAGACUGCCUGUAAAAAUUUGGGCUGGCAGAUAGAUGAUUCUGUUCAGGACGCUUUGCACUGGAAGAAGGUUUAUUUGAAGGCUAUUUUGAGAAUGAAGCAACUGGAGGACCAUGAAGCCUUUGAGACCUCAUCAUUAAUUGGACACAGUGCCAGAGUGUAUGCACUUUACUACAAAGAUGGACUCCUCUGUACAGGGUCAGAUGACUUGUCUGCAAAACUAUGGGAUGUGAGCACAGGGCAGUGUGUUUAUGGCAUCCAGACCCACACUUGUGCAGCGGUGAAGUUUGAUGAGCAGAAGCUUGUGACAGGCUCCUUUGACAACACUGUGGCCUGCUGGGAAUGGAGUUCCGGAGCCAGGACCCAGCACUUCCGGGGGCACACGGGGGCGGUGUUUAGCGUCGACUACAAUGAUGAACUGGACAUCUUGGUGAGUGGCUCUGCAGACUUCACUGUGAAAGUAUGGGCUUUAUCUGCUGGGACAUGCCUGAACACACUCACCGGGCACACAGAAUGGGUCACCAAGGUGGUCUUGCAAAAGUGCAAAGUCAAGUCUCUCUUGCACAGCCCUGGAGACUACAUCCUCUUAAGUGCAGACAAAUAUGAGAUCAAGAUUUGGCCAAUUGGGAGAGAAAUUAACUGUAAGUGCUUAAAGACGUUGUCUGUCUCUGAGGAUAGAAGUAUCUGCCUGCAGCCAAGACUUCAUUUUGAUGGCAAAUACAUUGUCUGUAGUUCAGCACUGGGUCUCUACCAGUGGGACUUUGCCAGUUAUGAUAUUCUCAGGGUCAUCAAGACUCCUGAGAUAGCAAACUUGGCCUUGCUUGGCUUUGGAGAUAUCUUUGCCCUGCUGUUUGAUAACCGCUACCUGUAUAUCAUGGACUUGCGGACAGAGAGCCUGAUUAGCCGCUGGCCUCUCCCAGAGUAUAGGAAAUCCAAGAGAGGCUCCAGCUUCCUGGCAGGCGAAGUGUCCUGGCUGAAUGGACUGGAUGGGCACAAUGACACGGGCUUGGUCUUUGCCACCAGCAUGCCUGACCACAGUAUUCACCUGGUGUUGUGGAAGGAGCACGGCUGAUGCCGCGAGCUGCGCCGCUGACUGACUUCGGGCGCCAGGGCUGCGGGUUUUGAGUGCAACCUCUGUGGCAGCCGACUGCAUGAACCAAAGUUCUCACCUAAUGGUAUCAUCACGCAGUGCACAAUCAUUUAUCUCUGUUUGCCAGGGGGCCAGGGCUCGGGGUGGGGGAGGGCUCGUUUUGUUGACCUACACCGCAGCAUGCUGAUGGGGUGCACCAUUGACUUCAUUCGUACUUAGUUAUGUUGGUCAGUAUAAGAGGCUGCAUUUGGGGUUCAUCUUUCUUGAAUAUUGGUUUUAAGUAAAGAUAUUUAAAUGGCUCAUUAAUCUGCUAAUUGGUUGCCUAUGAAAACACAUUCAGUCUAUUAUUAAAGCUUUUUACCAUUGCCUUUUUCUCUUUUGAAGUUGAAGCAAAGGUGCUAUAAUGUUGUUACAGCAACUUUUCUCACAUGGGGCUUAGCUUUUAUAACAACCCGUGUUAUAAAGACCACCAGGUUCUGUGACAUUCAUACUCUCCACCAAAUACCAGUUCUAAAGAAAAGUUGUCUUCCAGUGCAAAUCCAGUUGUAUAAAUUGAUGGUUUGUAACACAUUCUAAACCCUAGUUCUUGACAGAGUGAAGAUGGGCCAUGUCUGAGAUGUGAGGAAGUUAAUGUAGUUUUUGUUUCUAGGUGGAGCAAGCUGGUCCUUGGUCCCCCACAGCCUAGGUGACUGCACAAAGGUGACAUGGUACAGUAGAAAGAGCCCUGAGCUGGCAGGUUGAAGACUGGCUCUGUUACCUAGGAAACCUGCACCCCAGGCAUAUACUUCUCUGGUCCCCAUUUUCCCUGUCUGUAUAGCUAGUUGUUAGGCUGUCACUUGGUUUCUAAGAUUCCUUCUGGUCCUGUGUCUGCUGAGGUGUGCAAAAGUUGAUAUUUCAGUUUUGUCUGAUGGCUGAUUCAUUGCUUCUUUAGGUUUGGAGAUAAUAUAUAAAUGAAAUCACUGAUAGAAAGUUGUCAUCUAUAAGGAAAUCCAAACGUACAAAAAAGAAUGGAUAAGAGGGAAUGUAGAAAAUGUUACAUGUUCCACUUUAAAAAUGUAAGUGAUUGGUAGAAGAAAUGCUGAGAGCAGCUGUGGUCCUCUAGAGAGGCAGUGUGCCAUAUUAGAAAGAAAGAUCCCUGACCCUGACUUUCGUCCUCCUGUGCCUCUGACUUGGUGUGUAGCCUCAGGCAGGUUAACUUUCUGUUGGAAAUGAAGGAAUUGCCCUAGAUUAAGGUUCGAAAAGUCACACGCCCAGGGGAGCCACGCAGGUAGACGUAAGCGAGUGCAGCAUGCUGCGUAGGAUGGGGCUGCACCGGGGGAAGCUUGUCUGGCAGGGCAGUUAUGGAGCCCUAGGUGUUAGGCAGAAACAAGUCCAGUGUUUGGCAGGUCUUCUGAUUUUUCAGGAGGUAGAACUCCAGAAUUGUAUUUGUAAUUCCCUAAUUUUAAAAAUGUUGACAACAACUCGAAGAUCAUUCAAGAUGUAGUGGGCUAAACAAAGCACGUCUGCGGGCUGCCAGUUUGUAUUCUCCACCCUCUCAUUCCUGUAAAUUAGAUAAUGCUGUGAUUCAGCAGUGGAACUCUUUUAACGUAACUGUCACAAACAUUAGGGAGAAAGUCGAGGGAGCAAGUAGUAGGAAGAAUUCAACUCUUCCCCGUUGUGUUACAGAGGAGUGAGGGGGGCAUUUCAUUCACAGACCGACAGGAAACUAGUUUGAAGAUGAACUUAACGGGAACCGGAGUGAGAGCCUUUGCCUGGGAAUAUGAGGUAUUCAUUCUUCUUAACUCUGAUAUAAAGCACAUACGUUUUUCAGGUAGGAAAAGGGUUGCUGGCAGAGCUGAGAAUGAUUCAAAGUACAGUGGGGACACAGCUCUCCCAGAAUCCUGUCAGCCUAGAGUCUGACAGUGGACCUCUGAAUGCUGCAAAGUUAGGGUUUCAGAGAAUUCUGAUGGUUGGUUUCAAGGACGGGUUUAGUUAAUAUCCAUGUUGAGGCUCUGAGGGAAUUACGUAAAAGAACAAUUAUCUUUCUCCAUCCCCCAAAUCCAUUUCACACUGAGUUCUGUGUGUGAGCUCUGCUCGGUCCUUCAAGAAGUGGAACCAGAUUAGAAGCUGGAAUCUAUCUUGCAGGAACCUCAGGAGGCUUUGGGCCAUGAUAAGGGUAAACAACUUAACUCCUUUUCAUCCAGCCAGAACAAAAAAACUGAGAUUACUGAUCUAAUGACCAUCCCUAUUCCCACCUCACCAUCAGAUAUAUCCAGUAGCUUCAAAGACCAAGCGAUUAUAACUAUAGUCAUUUGUGGGAAAAAUUUUUUGAAAAUGACAAACCUGAAACCUGUAUGGCAUGUCCCAUUUCAGUUUUCAGAGGUGAAUACCAAAGUUAUCAUCAAGGUGGUACAGCUGAUUUUGACAGCAGUGCUUAGAGUCCUAACUUUGAUCCUCCUCACAGAGAUCUUUGUUUCACCUGAGCAUUUUAUUUAAUUGCUUUAUGGAUGCUAGCUUUAUUCAUAGUAUUGUCAGCUUUUGUACAAAUGGAAAACUUAACUUAUCCUUUAAAAAGAAAUAAAGCAAGGUGGGGAGUCAGUGAGAACAGUGGGUAGGGGAUAACUCAGUCUCCCUUCAUGGAAUUAGGGGACUCUCUCCCCUACACACUGACUUCUGCUUCCUUAGCUCAGAGGCAAGGGAUUUGCCUUUGCCCCUUCUUUUGUGAAUAUUCUCAUUUCUGAAAAAUUCUUAAUCAUAAGCAGAUAGACUCCAUCUUUCUUUGUGAGUGUUGGAUUUCUUGAGUGGCCCUGGUGCGGUGGAAGGAGGGGUUCUUUCCUCUCCGGUUUGUGUAGGGAACCAUAACAACUUAAGGCUCCGGGGGAGGACGGGGUCCAGGAGAGCUGAGCGAGUGUGGUUUUAACAGACUUUGUUCGCAUUCCAAAGGAAGCUAGUUUCCUCCAGCCAGCCCCAUUAUUUGAAGUAGUAAGUGUUGUCAAACCUGACCUCUUAGACCUAUCAGAGAAGUAGGAAGAAGGACUUCCUCCAGGACAGGGGCUAGACUUUGAAGACGUUCCACAGGAAGUACACGUGUUUGAAUAGCUUUUAAAUGGAAGAUGGAGAAUAUUGCUAUUUUAAGCUGUGUACUUCAUUUUUCAUAGUUUAAAAUUAAUCUGUGCUGGCCACUAAAAAUGCUCAGUAAAAUGUGAAUGAGGGUUAUGUAAUCAUUCUAGUAUUUGCUCUCAGGAGAAUGAUUACUGCUCUGCAUUUGUAAAUCUUAGGGAGAAAAGAAAUACUUCUGGAAACAGUAUUACAUUAGACAUGAAGAAUUUGUUUCUGUUAGGUGAGGCUUUUCAACCGAACAGAAGCAGCUAAGGAGAGUAGAGCCUGGCUUCACAUGUUGCUUUGGCCAAACCCAGCCAACUCCUUGAAGCCACGACUGUUGCCCUGGCUUCUUGGGAGCCUAGAGGUGAAUCUUCCCAUCGUCCCUCUUCUAGUUCUCCGUGCCGCCUCCUUGUCUGGGCCUCUACUGGGCCUUGGUGUCUGAACCACUUGCCAUCCUCUGUAGGAAAGUGUGUAGUCAGAUUGCUGCCCUAGGAUGCAGCCUGGGCCAGGGCACACUGUGACCUUUGCCUUUAGGGCCAUAGAGUUGUCAGUAUAGGGGAGAGGCCCCUUAGGUCUGUCCCCUUGACACAGCCUUCCUACCUGGUUAUGCUGGUGCUUGCCAAGAUACUUAAGACAACCAAGACACUCGAGAAUUCUGCAGUCCCCAGAUAAGAUGUCUCAUGGAGAGAACAGGUUAGCAUUCUUGACAGAAAUGCCUGCCAGCCAUCUUUGGCAGUGUCCUGAUCCGUAGCUCCCUGUACUUACUGUAGGAAAGUGAAUUUCUUUCAGGAUAAAUCCUCACAUGGAUUACUGGAUAGUCUUUGUGUCACUCCCUUCAGCCUAAUCAGGCUGAAUGAUCGCGCUCAGUGCAAAAAGGUGUUUUGCUGUCAAGUUGUUUCAAUGCAUUUCCAGUCUCCCCCAGAAUGGUAUAGUUGCUUAAAGCUAGUAUUACAGUCUUGACCAGUGUAAACAUACUUAAUUAUUGCAGCUUAAAGAAUCCAGCUACUUCUACUCGUCAUGAAUAUGCUCAAAUAAAAAUGUGUUUUUCUAUGUUUAAACCUGGCAAAUUAUGAAUUCAGAUGAUAAAAGCUCACAGUUGUUUGGUGUCCAUAUACUCACAUUGUGAACAUAUCUCACUCAUUUAGACUUAGUACUCUUGAUGAGAAUGCUCAGGUUGAAAAAGGCUGGCCUCACCAAUCCAACAUCUGUGGCAACAUGGAACUUAUGUUUCACUUAUUUGAUGUAUGUUGUGAUCUAGGGGGAAUGAAAUGAAGUUUAUAUUUGAACUGUCUGUGGGGUGGGUGGGCGGGGGAGAAGGGAUUGCUUAAGCAAAUAGUGGAGUGAUUGUGGAACAAGAUGUCUCUAUAAGACGAGAAGUUAUUUUCAUGCAUCAUAGAAGCAUUCUUCUACCUGUGAGUGAUUGUGCUAACUGUAAAUCAUUUAUAUCUAUACAUUAAAGCAGGUUCCCUUGAUUAGGCAACAUUUGGUUAGCCAAGCCCAAGUUAUUGUUUGUACUUGAAAGAAAUAAAGCUGCAUUUCCUUAAAAAUUA